CCACGUAGGAAGGUGUAGACUUCCUGGUUGGGGUCCUCAGGAUGGUAAACACCAGUGGCUGGAGACAAUUGGUGAUAUGGCUCAAAAUCACUCUCAAUGACAGCGCAGAUGCAUCCACUCCUUGUGACUUAUGAUUUCCAGUGAAACUAUAUCGUUCUUCGUUAUUACUAUUCCUUUAUCUCACACCUCUGUGUACUGUCUCUAUUAUGCAUUUCUCCUACUUUGUCAUCUUGCUUUGUGCUACAUGGAGUGAAUGUGGAGACUUGAAGUACUUCACAUCGGUGCAAAGUUCUAUGUCGGAAAUGGACAGACAGAGUUUUUGCUGCUAGAUGCUUACUCAUAGUAUUUUGAUGUACAGGGAGAAAAAGUUUGCCAUAUUAUCUGACAGUAUCAUUACUGUGAUAUUUCAGUUAUUUCCCUUAACAAGUCUAGGAAACUAUAAUAUAAAAACACGUCUAAGAUUUGUAUUUACACAAGAGUCAAUAUUACAUGAGACAGACAGAUUUACAGUUGGCAGUCAGCAGUUUCACACUAGCUAGCUUUCAUUUUUGGUUGCAGGUAUAUGUAUAUAUCUCAGAUUCUUGACUCCUUAACUGCAGAAAGGAAAACACCUAAUGAUAUUAGUGACUGACUAACUGGCUUCAACAAAGAGCUUUGCACAGAUUUUCAGUAGUUUGAAUUGCCAAUCUCCAUGUAGCAUAAUAAUUGAAAGAAGAGAGUAAAGACAGAUACAGAAGACAGACGGUAAACAGAAGUGUGAGUAAGCGAAAAAGAAAUUGUAAAUGGUAGAACAGGGUUUUAUUGGGUAUGACAAAUCACAAAGAGCGAAUGCAUCUGCACCAUCAAUGAGAACGGGGAUUUUGAGCCAUCAUCCUGACGAUCCCAACCAGCCACACAGUCUGUAUCUCCCUACGUGACUGGCUGCCUGGCUUAAACUAACUGUUAUGGAUUUGAUUGACUGAUGAAACCAUGUUAUCGUUUGACUACCACUAGCUUUCUCUUUUCCAGCCUGAGUCAUCUUAUGUCAGCUAAUAUUGUCUGUUGUCGAUGAAGGCGACGGUCAGACAGGCAUGCGUCACACAUGUCCUAACCACCUCAAUCGGUGUAACUCCACAACCUUGUCGAUGUCAAUGAUGUCAUCUAGUGACGUUUUGUAAAGUAGUUACUUCGCUUGUUGUUGCGUGACUUCAGAACCCACUUAUAAUUGAUGUGUUCUGGAAUGCAAAUCGUCAUUGGCACUUGUAUCGUCUCCUCGUGAAUCUGAAAUCUUCAAUACAGAAAAUGUAUCCUGUAAACGUCUUUCAGCAACGGUUGUAACCUCCGACAGGUUGCCCAUUUCAGCUCAAACCACAGUUGUCAGUGAUAUAACCAACAUUCCUAGCAAAUUACCGACAACGACAAGCACUCUACCCCCAAAGACGAUAUCACCAGCAAUGCCUAAAGCAGUCACAGUGUCAAAUGAUAAAUCCAAAAGUGAAGCUGUACAUAAACCUUCUAAUGAUAUGAUCACGUCUGCAGGCAAGGAGAUUUACAGUCAACAUUGUAAAACUCCUGAGGCCAGAAAAAGUUUCAUUCAACGUUUACUAUUAGAAUCCAAAGAGUUUUUAUCACAGAAAGAUUCUCUAUUUGUUGAGCUUAGUCCAAUUCACAAUAAGAAUCAACAUAAUGUUGUUGUUAGUUCACCGAAAAUAUUACCGCAUUCAGAGUCAGGGAGAACAGCAUUUAUUGAACAGAAAUCGGCUGGAAAUGCAUUUGAUGCAAAUGAUACCAGUAAAACUUCUUUGAACGAUAUGAACUUAACAAGCAAUUCUUACAAAUCAUCACUUCAAGAAAGUGUUCAGUUAGAUUCUGUCGUUGGGCAAUGCAAAAUUACCAGUCGACAAUUAUCCUCGCAUCAUGAUAAACGAAAAGAUAGUGUAGAAGUGAAUGACAACACUGUUAAUCCUAAGCUUUCUAAACUAAAUUCUUCAUCCGCUUCUCAGGGAACACCGAAACCAUCACCUGUGAAAAGUGACAGUCGUCCUUCAAGCCUUUCCAAGCUCAGUAAUGAUGAACUUUUACGUGCUGUUAACUUAAAUCUUGGCUUGCAUAAGCCUGACAUUGAAUCAGAGAAAGACAAGCUGGAAGUUGACGAAAUCAAUGAGUCGAAGACAAGUGUUAGUGGUAUACAGACUCCGGUUACAAAUCCGGAUAGCUGUCAUAGCAAUGCAAGCAGUGUGAAUAACAUGCCACCACCGACUCAUGAUUCUACUGGCAAGAAACUGAAAAAGCGGUCCAAAUGUAGCACAGAAUUAACUACAGAGACAAUUUGUCAAUCACCUGCCAUUUCUGAGCCAUCCCAAGAAAACAUUGCUGAUAAAGUAGAAGAAGAAGAAGAAGGAGAUUCUACUUUUGUAAUUGAAAGCAAUCAAGAUACUGCAGGCAUUUAUCCUCUUCGUGACAUUCCAUCCGAUUGUUGGGUAUUCUCUGACUUAACUGUUACCAAAGUCCGAAACACCAUACAACAAUCUUUUCCGCAUGCAUUGAAUUCAUCCGGUACAAAGGAUAGUGAUGAUGCUCCAACUGAUCUUACCUCAUCAUCAGAUGAUUUAAUCAGGAAAAUGAGAGAUAUUCUACGCAGUGCCAUUGAAAGUGAUAGUCCAAUCAAUUCAAAGACUGUUUCAAAUAGACGUAAUCGUCCAAGAUCACUUACAGGGAUAUUGUUAGUUCCACCUUCUGAUUCACCUUGUCCAUCACCUGAAACAAAACUACCAACGCAUCAUUCAAUUGAUAUACCUCAAAAAAGUUAUUGUGAAAUUUUCACUAUGACAUCACCUUAUUGUUGUCAUCCAACUAUUCCAUCCAGUGAUGCAGAUAUUCAAUGUGAUAUAUGGCCUAGUAACAGUAGUAAUAAUAACAGUCACCUGUCUACUCGAUUUGCUUCACAGUGUUCAUCUGGUAUUGUUAGCACACCUACACAAAAACCUUUAGGCACUGUACCACCGAUUCUACGUGAUCCUACCUCAGAUCUUACAACAUUAUCAUCGAGCACAACUCAAAGCUUGCCUCAAUUUAGUAAUCAUUCAAUGCCUAGCGUAAAUCUUGUCGAUAGCUUAUGCUUUAUUGAAGAACAAUUCGGUAGAAUUAUCAAGCAGGAGGAUGAAAAAUUGCAAAACAGUAAUGCUUCCACUGAAAUAUUCAAAGCAGAAGAAUGCAAAUUCGAAGCGUCUAGAUGUUGGAAGUCAUUAGUCAGUUCUAUAUCGUCUACCUCACGUGGUAAUUCUAUCGAAGCAUCGAAUCGUUCUCAGAUGCUACUCACGUUACAAGCACUUCAUGAAUAUCCUGUACAAAUGACUAAAUCUGUAAGGCAUUAUCUAGCCGCUGCGCAUAUUUUUGAAUCCAAAAAUGAAUCGAACAGAGCGAUUGGUAUGCUGACUGAAGCAGCUGAUCAAAUUCAGCAUUGUGUACGCCGAAUGCAUCGUGUUGAAGCCAAACUGACAAAGCGUCGAAAUCAUCGUAAUGAAUCAGGAAAUUCACCUGAUAAUAAUAACAGUAAUAAUAAUAUGAAUGAAUUAGCAUUAAAAGUUAAACGAGACGCUAGUUGGAUGUACUUAUGGUAUUAUGUUUUAAUGAGAAUUAAAGCUGUCGUCGGAUUCCAUAUAUAUCGUUUAAGAUUACAAUCUAUUGAAUCAUUACAUGAAGAGAUUGACGCAAGCAUUUCAGUUAUACAACAUACCAUUCCUAGUUUAAAGGAAAUUAUUAACAUUCCUAAAAGUUUGGACAGUCCACCAUCAUCAUCAUCGAAACCAUCGUCGAGUAAACCUCAAAUCCCAUCUAAUCCAUCCUCGGAAAGUGAUUCAAAGAAGAUCCUGGAAUCCUUGGUCGGUCAAUUUGUUCGUCUCAACCAGUUAACAGCCUGUGUGCGUAGUGCAAUGGUUGAAUGGCAACAAGCCAAUGAGUUAGCUACAAAAGUUCCACACUUAAAAUCUCCGGCAGUAAUUCCAUCUACUGGACGCAAACCAGAUGGUAGUUCAGCAGAUAACUUAUCCUCCUCCUCCUCAUCAUCAUCAUCAUCACUGCCUUCAGGGCAUCAUCACAGGUUAACUCACUCUAUUGAUAUUGAUAUUGCAAAUGCUUCAGAUGGAGCGCAUAUAAAUACUUCACAAAUUCCUCUGCUAAUUUUAUUACGUUACAUGGAUGGUAUAUUCCAUGUUCAUUCACAAAUAAUUGAUCAGUUAAAAUGUCCUACUGAAAGACAAGAAACGGGUCAAUCAGCUAUUAUUUCUACAAAAUACAAUUCAAAUGAAUUACGAGGCUCCUCCAGUCUAGUUUCACAGGAACAGAGAAUCAUUCCUUCUCUUUCUACCAUGGCAAACAAUCCUAUUUCUUCUUCUUCUUCGUCUACUUCUGGUACAAGUACAGGUUUGUCGACCGUGACUACUAAACUCUCGACUAAAGAAGACUCAGCUCACUCGAAAGUGAUCCCUAAUAGUACUUCAUCAAUUGUUUUCAGCACAGGAUCAAAUAUGGUCUUCCAGACUGAUACAACUCCUACUACUACUAAUAAUGUUGUCAAAAAACAAUCAUCAAAGAAAAAAUCGCAUAGAAAACAUUCUGAUAUCACCGCCUUCCCGAAUGCCAUGACUUCAUCCGCCACAAAAUUAUCUCCAUACCAGAACUCGAAUCCCCUAGAUGAUAAUUGUUCUGAUACCUCUGUGCCUUCAUCGAAGCAUGAAAAGCAGCUCAGUACUUUUAAGCAGAAAUCGAAAAGACGACGUUUAGUUCAAUUGGAUACUUCUGUAAAUACUUCUUCAAGUGACAGUGAUACAGAUAUAGAGAAUUGUGAGGCGACGGCGACAGCACCACCCCCACCACCUACUGUUGUCAAUAAAUAUAAACAAUCCCCUGUGAAAAAACGGCAUAAAUCUAGACUAGAAACUGAUACAGAUCAAGAAUUUAUUGAUCAUCGAAAAAAACAAGAUCGGAUCGAUAAUUCUUGUUCUCAGGAAAGUAGACAUUCACUAUCAACAAAAAAGUCAUCGAAACGAUCUCAUAUGCCGCCUGUAGAACAACACCACCAUUCGCAUCUUCAAGGAAGAGGAGAUGGUAAUUCACACUCAGAGAAUAGAAUUCCCGCUUCAGAUGAUGAUCAAUCGCCUAAUGAUGCUUCACCACCUCCAUCGAGAAAAUUUUGUCGUAGUAAAAGUGUAGCACCGAUUACAUCGAGAUCACCGAAGUGUCAUGUUAAUUCGGUAACAAAUGUACAGAAUUCGCACUAUACUAUGAUGCCAACAAGUGAAGAUAACACUUAUGAACCAAAACGGAUUAAAUCUACAAGUACAAAAGUUCAUCAUCGACGUGUUUCUAAUUCUGAGUCAUCGGAUUCAGGAUCAUCCUCACCAACACCAACUUAUCGACCAUCAAUCCCAUUGAAUUCACCAGAUAAUACAUCUAGACGUCGACGAUCAAGAUCAGUUCAUUUGUCAUCAUCGUCAUCUAAGCAUAAAAAUGCCUCACCUAUUAUAAAAACGCCUAAAACUCCACAAGAUGAACUAUCACAUGAUUCAAUUGGUUAUAGUCCAACGAAAGGGAAUUUUCUUAAUGGAAAUCCUUCAGAUAUAAAUAAUUUACCUGUAUAUUAUGUUUCACAAAUUCCUUCAAGUCCACCAUCAUCACAACCCCCUCCACCACCAACAUCUAAAUCUCAACAUUCGAACAGAUCUGUUACCACCACUAGUAUUAAUAAUAAUAAUAAUAACAAUCAUAAUGAUUUAUAUCGAUCGAAAAGUUCUCAUCGGUCUGAAGUACCAUCGUUUUAUGCCCGUUGGAUUAAAGAGCCGUCGAAUACAACAGAUCAUCGCUUUUCUAGUUCAUCAGUUAAUAGUUAUGGUAAUAGUAGUAAUAAUACUAGAAGACAUCGUUCCCAAUGGUAACUUGUCUGUGCGUAUGUGUGUGUAUGUAUGUAUGUUAACAGCAAUUAUUUGUGCUUUUCUUCUAAUUUUAACCUAAAAUCGUAUACAUCACCAUUUCACCUUUAUUUUUCAUUGUAUUAAAUCAACUUAAAAAUUAUUUCUGUCUUUCAAAUGCAAAGCAAAACAUUACAUGAAUUGUACUCAGUAAUAAAUGUGUAUUUUUGCGAUGUAUCUUCAGUGUUCCUCUCUUCCCUUUUUUUUACGGAUGUUUCCCCCCCCCUUUUUUGAUAAUUUGAAUAACCCAGAGGAUGGGUGGGUGGGUGUUUGGAAGAGGUUUUGUAUGUGUGUCUCUACUACACACUCUCCUCUGAUUUGUUCUCAUGUCAACCACUCCUACCAUUAAUUCUUUCUGUAUGAUGAGUACCUUUUUACUUCACAAUCCAGUCCAAUCCAAUCCGAUUCCCCUUCUCCUCCCACCGUACACAGUAAUUGUACCUCAUACAUCAACGGCAGCGGACGCUGGGGGUAUGUGUGUGGUGGCGGGAGUGUAUCCUACACACAUACUCACACACAAACUUAUUUCCGCAUUUGAUGAUUUGGAAUAUGAUAAUCUAUUUAUUAUUGUUAUUAUUAUCCCCAGCCCCACAAUUAGAAAUAUCUUGGGGCGGGGCGCAGUGUGGUUUGUGGAGAAUCGAGGAUAUAUUUUUACAUAGAUUGCCUUAACUCUACUUUGUUAUCUUCUAUGUCAAUGGCUGAUUGCCUCACUAAGUUGCCUUACUUUUCUCCUUUGUUAUUUUGCUGGUGUCUGAGAUUUUUUUAUUAAAAAAAAACCCUGUAUAAAUACAUAUUGUAUAUUUUACUUAUCCUUUCCUAUGUACACAGUUAUUUCCUAUCUUUUGUCUGUGUGUGAGAGUGUUUUUUUUUCUUACAAGCCUUAAUAUGCCAUGAAUGUCAUAUGCAUUAAUUAUUUGACUAACUAAUUCACUAACUGUUAAACUAACUCAGUGAUAAAAUCAGGGGAUUAUUAUUGGUUGCCAUUUUUGUAAUUUUUCUUUCCUGUUUUAUCAAUUUAUUUCUUCCUCUCUUAUAUACUUCCUGUCUUUGUCUUUUUCUAGCAUAUAUAUAUAUAUAUAUAUGUUGUACAUGCAUUAAUCCAUUAUCCUUCAUGUAUUUACCUUAACGAUGAUGAUAAUGACAAUGAUUGACCUCUCUCUAUCUCUCUCUCUCUCUCCCUCACAAUCUUCUCUUCAUAUAUACAUAAAUCAAGAUUGAACAGAGUAGUACUAUAUAUAUACAUUUACACAUACAUAUUUUGUCUUUUUAAAGAUUUUUGACUGCGUUUUUCCCCCGUACACUCCCGCCUCUGUUUACAUGUUUUGUUCUGUUUUGUCGAUAGUUGGCAGUGAGAAAAGAAACAAAAGAUCUAGGAAUAAAAAGAGUAGUCCGGAGGGGAGGGGAGGGUGUUGCAUAUAUUUCUCAGAUGCUUAGGAUUUUUGAUGGAAGAAAUAUGGUAGAGUAUAAUUCCAUUAUGCGUAAAAUUUAUUUUGAUAAAGUCUCACAGUGUUAUGCAGUAAUAUUUACUGAUAACUAAGUUUCGAGCACAAUUUAUUACUGCUCAUAAUCAUAUCAAGGGGGCUUGUUUCGCAGUAGCCAGUUUACGCCAACUCUGGCGUAGACGAGAUGUUCGACUAUCGACCAAAGGGCGGGUGUACUGCUCAUCAGUCCGCUCCGUCCUCCUUUAUGGUUGUGAGACCUGGAUACUGAGAGUGGGAGACAUGAAAAGACUAGCUGCAUUUGAUCAUAGGUGCCUGCGCUCUAUUUCCCGUGUAAAGUGGCAUAAUAAGGUGAGCAACAUUGAGGUUAGACGUCGAGUGCUAGGUAAACAGGAGAAAUCAAUCGACAAAGUCGUGAAGCUACAAAGACUGAGAUGGUUAGGACAUGUGUUACGUAUGCCAAGUCAUCGCCUCCCUUGACGAGCUAUGUUAGCGGAUAUAGGGUCAGGCUGGAAAAAAGCUAGCGGCGGUCAAACAAAAACUUGGCAUCAGUCAAUGAAAUCCACAACAGUUGGUCUUAGCCACGUAGAAAGGUGUAGACUUCCAGGCUGGGGUCCUCGGGACGGUAAAAAUCUAUGGUUGGAAACAAUUGGUGACAUGGCUCAAAAUCGUUCUCAGUGGCGCAGAUGCAUCCACUCCCUGUGACUUAUGAUCUCCAAUGAAACUGUUUUGUUUUUCUUUAUUACUCCUUUGUCUCACACCUCUGCUCACUGUUUCUAUUAUGCUUUUCUUGUACUUUCUUCUCUUGCUUCGCGUGCUACACGGAAUGUGGCGACUUGAACUUCCGCACAUUUGUGCAAAGUUCUAUGUCGAAAACAGACAGACAGAUAUCAAGUUACCUAUAGAACUUCGUCUAUAAAAUUCCAUAAUCAUUUUUCAUCGCUUGACUUAACUGAGAGUAGUUCUUCCUGUAUUUCCGGUGUGAGUGAUGAGUCAUUAAUAUUGAACGUGUUUGGUGUAGACUCGAUUAACAAGGAUUCAGUAAUCAGCCUCUCUCUCCACCUACUUAUCCUAUAAAAGUAAUGGAGAAACUUAUAAUGAUAACAUAAAUAAGGGAGAAUACAAGGCAUCUAGAAGUUUUACCAUCUAAGUAGGGGACAUCUGAGAUCCUCUCUACGUAGGAUUCUUAAAAAAGCAGGAAUUAGGGUGACAUUCAGACCUACAAAGUGACUCAGCAACAAGCUCUGUAGGAUAAAAGACCCUAUUGAACUAAUUAAACAAAAUAAUAUAAUUUACAAAACACCUUGCACUGACAGUGACUGAGGUCAACUGCAUAGGUCAAACUAGUAGAUCGUGUGAGGGUAGUCAGAUUGUCGGAACAUAGGAAUUUAGCUAAGGCAAGAAUGGCUGACUCCGAGAAGAUAAGUAAUUUAGAAAACAGCUCAGCAAUUGCACUGGAUGCAUUAACCCAUCCAAUACGUUCAAUAGGAAUGACUCAUCACUCAUACCGGAAGUACGGAAAGUACUACUACCAAUCAUGUCAAGCGAUGGAAAAUAAUGGAAUUAUAGAAACAAAGUUAGAAUGUUUUUGAGUACCUUGAUAUGAUUAUGAGUGGCAAUAAAUUAUGCUCGAAACGCCGUCAUCAGUAAAUAUUACUGUAUAAAACUGUGAAACUAUCAAAAUAAAUUCCACCCAUAGUGGAAGCAUAGGGAUGUAGGACUAUUUUCACCUCCACUACCAUGUGGAAAAUGAAGUGAUUGCUCAUUGAAGGCACUCUUUGUUUGAGGGGGUAGAGUUUAUAUCUUAGGAAUUGACAAGGCUAGAUUUUUAAGGACCAUUGAAUUCUAGCCUCUGAAGUGGGAGCUAAUUGAUUAAUGACUUUGUUCUCUUAACUGUAAGGUGUUCGUGUCGAGAAUCGAUUGCUAGCAUGGUAGGUCGUGGGGUGUGUACUGAUGGAAAGUUGCAGAAUAGGACGAAACAGUUCUCUAGUACUCCUGGUCGAUUUCCAAUAAUAUAUAUAUAACUACUUUCGGUCCUUUACGAAUAUGGCGAACUACACGACCGAUGGUGAUUCCUCGACUGAAAGAUGAAGUACCUAGACUAGUCACUUCUAAUUGUAUCUAUGAAUUCAACUGCGUUUGUGGAGCCAGUUAUAUUGGCCGUUGCUUUAGGAACUUGAUUUUUCGUGCUCGAGAACAUCUCCCAGCAUGGCUAAGUAAAGGUGUAGUGAAAACUAUUAACAGCUCGAUAUUGGAACAUCUGGUGCAAACCGGCCACAAAGCCAGCGUAGAUGGAUCCUCCUCUAUAUUAUACCGGGCGCCAAAUAAAUUACCAAAAACAUCGAAGCACUGCAGGCUCCAAACAGCAGAAGCUAUUGUGCAUCGCCUCAGACAACCAGCACUCUGUGUCCAAAAGAAGCAAGUCCAGCCCCUACUUAUUGCUCUGGCCUUCAGUAGAAGCUAUAAAUUCAUGAAUUUGUAAUAUUAUCCUUCCUAAUUCUUCUGACAUUCAGCUUAUUUUAUGUUGAUGAGAUUCAGCUGUAAUCUAUCAAUAUUAUUGAUUUGAUGUUAUUUAAACAUUAAUGUCGUUCAUAACACUAACUCAUUCAUUCAUUCACUAUAAUGCAUAUAUAAAUGUAGAGCCUGAUGAUGAAUUUAUCGAAAAGAGUACUCUUUGUUCAGUAUCC